AGGUUGGAGAAUGGGAUGAUUUUCGCUGGUGUUCGGAUACCGGGUCUUUCGACAAUCCUGAGAUGCACCGGCGAUAUAUUUCCCAAUUCUUGCCUUCUGAGUUAGUAAGUUCGAUUACAGGGCAAGCUCUUUUAGAUCGCUCAUGGCAAUGGUUGCGUGGAAGGUUACAUGCCAAUUGUUUGCCGUACCUUAAUACAUUUUGCUAACAAAUGUUCCAGGCAUCGCUAUACUGCGUCUUUCAUCACAGUACUACUUGACAACAGUUUUCAAAGUCCUCAUUCACUGUUGGGGAGUUACAUUGAGAACAUCUCCAAUUACAGCCCCCAUGACAAUACUGAGUACACGUCAGGGGAAUUGGUCGCCUAUGAUAAAUGGUACGGCUCACUUGGUGACAGUGGUUUAAACGCAGGAUGGAUCAGCGUUAUUGAGAUGCACCGAUCAGUGAUCAACUUUCUGGUUACUUCGCAAGGGUGUACCGACUGUUCGACCAAUCACAGAGCACUCGUCAGUGAAGACUACGGUUACUUCAUUGACCCUGACUGCUCCAAAAUAGCAUUGGAUGAACCUCUAACGAUAAUGUACGGUGCGGGGUGGCUCAAAGAAACUCAUAGGAAAAAAUCGCGUUUUCAGAUCACGAACUUCGAUAUUUUUGACUCUCAUCAUGGCACGGAUCCACGUGCUUCUCAUUUCGCUCUCUUCCUUGCAUUGUUGUUUGCAUCAAUGUUUGAUGGUUUAACACAAAUUUCAAAUGCAUUCACAGUAUCUGGAAUAUCUACUCCUUUCCUCGAAGCAAAACUUGUCACAUUCACCCGUAUUGGCCCUCGACUAGAAGCGAGAGAUGUACAUUUCACAGACCAUACUCCCGACCGACUCGUGUUGUUGGCUACUACCCCGGAAGAGGCGCUCUGUUGGUUCAAACACGAGCGUGAUGAACCAUUUUGCGCCUUGCAAUAUGCUUCAAGCACAAGUGCAACACUGGUCUUUUGUCUUCAAUUUUCUGACGCGCGGACUUCUUGGGUCUUCGUUCGAGUACCUUCGACGUUCCAGAACAAGGAAGAAACGGAUUUUGCCCGAGAUAUACAGGAUCUCCAUCCAACCGAAAUUUUUCGUGAUCAGUCAGAAGUCGCUUCGCUCCUCAACCAGAUACCGGAUCUCUGUCUCGAUGCAGGUCCAUCUGGUAUGCUGCGUAUUUCUGGAUCGUUCUGGGUUGAAAAAGCGACUGAAGAGAGCAUUCCCCAUGAACUCUAUCCAUCUGGAAUUUUGAACAUUGAAGGAUUAAGCGGAGCUGCGAAAAGUAUUUCCGAAGACAUGCUCCUGCGUCGUCUUUCUCGAAUUUUCUCUCAAAGGAAUGAGGUAACUAUUGCACCUCCGGCGUCAGUUACUGAAGCUUCCCAAGAACAAGGACAUCCCGAUCCAACACAAAACAGCACGCGAAGUCUACCAGGAGCGACCAUGCUGCUUCGUCAGGUUCCAGCACUCAAGCGAAAAAAGCUCGCAAAGGCGCGGGCAGAAGUCUGCGAUCCCGUCGCAUCCCAAGCAAAAUCAGUGGAUGACUUCCCGUAGGAAUUAUUUGCAGGACACCAGACAAUUAAUUUGUGCCACCAAUAUAAGCGAACCUAAGCGAAGAUGGCCGGACAGCGGCUUCGCAAAAACUGCAU